AUAUUUUCCAAAUUUCCCUUUUAUUUAUAGAACAUGAUGUUCAGAAUGUUCAGGAACUUAGGACAUGAAGAAAGAUCUAAAAAUGGGAAUCUCAAACACAGAAAGUAACAUAUAAAACAAUUUCUCUGCUCAAACUUAUGUUACAAGCCUCGCAGCAAUAUCCACAAAUGUUAUGGAUCACAACAAUGAUGAGAGCAUGAAAUCCAGAAUAUCAAAGAGUUUUCAGCGAUACAAGCCUACUUCUAUCAGAACCUUUGAUGACUCUGACAUAGCUAGUAUGACUUCUAGCAAAGAGAGCAACAAGGAUGUACCUAAUGCAUGCAAUGGAGGACUUGUGCCUAGAACUGUCCCUUCACAUCUUUUAAUGGUGUCUAUAUUGGAACAAUUGUGUUUUAUGUAUGCUCAAGAUGAGGAAAAAGGGAAAGAACUGUUCAAAGCUAUAAGCAGCCAUCUUGCCCGACUGAAUGUAGUUCCAGCAUUGACUACUAUAGAUGAGAUGCACAGUGUUAGAUCACAAUACAGACUUUUUAUGGACCAUGUAUUACACACAGCUAUGUUGAAAAUAGAUAAGACCAGGAGAGCUCUUCCUUCACCGACUUCACCCCUGGAACAGUUUAAAAGACUGAGCCCACAGACUUCUAUGGUACCUACGGAGGAUUUACUUCAGAUCCAAACAUCCCGGUAUAAAACAGAGUUCACAGAUGAAGAAAAGAUUGGCAAAGGAGGCUUUGGAUCUGUGUACAAGGCAAAGCAUAAAUUAGAUGGAAGAUUAUAUGCCAUAAAAAAGAUAAAGUUCAAGCAUUCACAACCAGAUGUCUGGAUGAAGGUAUUGCGAGAAGUGAAAGCUUUAGCCAAUCUUCAGCACCCUAACAUAGUAGGAUAUAAUGCUGCAUGGUUGGAGUAUUCAACAGACUUUAGACCUGAUAUUCCUGGCACUAAAGUUGUAUCUUCAGAUGACAGUAUUUCCAGCAGAGAUAGCAGAAUGAAUCAUUCCAAGUCUACAGAUGUUGGUGACAGCAUUAUAUUUGAUUCUCAUGUUAAAUUUGACAAUGACUUUUCAAUGGACAACAACCACAGUAGCCUACCUAAACUGGUUGAAUUAACUGACGGAUUGGAACCAGUUGAAAUGAUGUCACAGUCUGAAUACUGUGAAGCUUGUGAAAUACUCAGAGGCAAAGAAAGUAAAUACACAAACAGUGGAAGCGGGGAUAAAAUUCUUCAUAAAACUGUUCCAAAACAUAGCUGUACUUCAAAAUUCUUUGAAUCUGAGUUUAAUGAAAAGACAAGUCAUUGUGGACGAGCAUGGGACGAUGUAUCACAUAUUGAUACCUUCUGGGAUAAACCCGGUAGAAUUAGGAGAAGUAUGAGCUGUGAUUGUAUUACAUGUAGAAACAAGUCACAUGACCAUUUACAUAAUAAACAGGUUAUGUUAGGCUACCAUCAUUACAGUGAAGACAACAUCCAUUCCAAAAUUCAUGUAACAUUGUUUAUACAAAUGGAAUUAUGUAGUCUGACACUCAGGGAAUACAUGCAGAAAAGAAAUACUCAAUGCUCUUCUUUUCUUGAAUUCAAGACAAAUGCAGCAGCUAACAUGAGGAUAUUUAAACAGUUGGUUAAAGGAGUAGACUUUAUUCAUUCCAAUGGUCUGAUACAUAGAGAUCUGAAACCCAGAAAUAUAUUUCUCCAAGGUCAUCAGCUUCAUGUAAAGAUAGGUGACUUUGGUUUAGCUAAAGAUGAUUUGAGAAAUUCGGGUAGAGAAGAUGCUUUGUUAACACCAUCACCAUUAGAAAGUCCAGAUAAAUUUUAUUGGGAUACACAUACAACUGGAGUUGGAACAUCAACAUAUGGAGCUCCUGAACAACUGCAGGGAUCUGUUUAUACUAAUAAGAGUGAUAUAUACAGUUUAGGUGUGAUAUUAUACGAACUGUUUCAUUGGUUUAAAACUGACAUGGAAAAGUAUAAAUGUUUAGAAUUGUUGAGACAAGGAGAAGUAGAUGCACAGAUCAUUCAACAUUGGCCAGAACAAGCAAAAGCUGUGAUUCAGAUGACCAAUAGUGUGCAUUCAGACAGACCAACAACAAAGGAAUUAUUACAAAGUGAAUUGUUUUUGACCAAGGAACAGAUAAUACUGGAAAUGCAGACAAAGAUAGACAAUCAGGCAUCAGAAAUACAGAAGUUAAAAGACAUGCUGAAGGAAAGAGAUGUACAGAUGGAAAUUCUAACAUCUUCAUUAACAUUAGAAAAGUCUCGUUUACCACACAGACAUAAGAAAAAAGAGGAUAAAACGUGAUGAAGUUUUGAGAAUUAGAUGCUAUAAGCUGAUGUAUGCAUGUUAACCAGUUUCAUUCCUGGUUUAAAAUUGCCCAAUGACUCUGCUUAUCAAGCAUGACUGUUAUCAUUUUUAGCUCACCGGGGCCCGAAGGGCCCCAUGUGAGCUUAUGCCAUCACUUGUCGUCGUCGUAAACUAUUUCAAAAAUCUUCUCCUCUGAAACUACUGGGCCAAAUACCUUCAAACUUUAACUAAAUGUUCCUUAGAGUAUCUAGUUUAUAAAUUGUAUCCGAAGUUUUGAUCCAUCGACAAACAUGGCCGCCAUGGCUAAAAAUAGAACAUAGGGGUCAAAUGCAGUAAUUUGCUUAUAUCUCAAAAACUAAAGCUUUUAGAGCAAAUCUGACAUGUUGUUCAAUUUGUCAAGAUCUAUCAGCCCUGAAAUUUUCAGACGAAUAGAACAACUCAUUGUUGGGUUGCUGCCACUAAAUUGGUAGUUUUAAGGAAAUUUUGCAUUUUUUUGUUAUUAUCUUGAAUAUUAUUAUAGAUAGAUAUAAACUGUAAACAGCAAUAAUGUUCAGCAAAGUAAGAUCUACAAAAAAGUUUAUAUGACCAAAUUUGUAAAUUUACCCUUUAAGGAGUUAUUGCCCUUUAAAGACAAUUUUACACAAUUUGUUCAUCAAGUUUGCUAACAUUUAAAAAUCUUCUCCUCUGAAACUACUGAGCCAAAUACCUUCAAACUUCAUCUAAAUGUUCCUUAGGAUAUCUAGUUUAUAAAUUGUAUCCGAAGUUUUAAUCCAUCGACAAACAUGGCCGCCAUGGCUAAAAAUAGAACAUAGGGGUCAAAUGCAGUAAUUUGCUUAUAUCUCAAAAACUAAAGCUUUUAGAGCAAAUCUGACAUGGGAAAAUUGUUCAAUUGGUCAAGAUCUAUCAGCCCUGAAAUUUUCAGACAAAUCGAACAAGCCAUUGUUGGGUUGCUGCCACUAAAUUGGUAGUUUUGAGGAAAUUUUGCAGUUUUUUGUUAUUAUCUUGAAUAUUAUUAUAGAUAGAUAUAAACUGUAAACAGCACUAAUGUUCAGCAAAGUAAGAUCUACAAAAAAGUUUAUAUGACCAAAAUUGUCAAUUGACACCUUAAGGAGUUAUUGCCCAUUAAAGACAAUUUUACACAAUUUGUUCAUCAAGUUUGCUAACAAUUAAAAAUCUUCUCCUCUGAAACUACUAGGCCAAAUACCUUCAAACUUCAUCUAAAUGUUCCUUAGGAUAUCUAGUUUAUAAAUUGUAUCCGAAGUUUUAAUCCAUCGACAAACAUGGCCGCCAUGGCUAAAAAUAGAACAUAGGGGUCAAAUGCAGUUUUUGGCUUAUAUCUCCAAAACUAAAACAUUUAGAGCAAAUCUGACAUCGGGUAAAAAUGUUCAAAAGGUCAAGAUCUAACAGCCCUGAAAUUUUCAGACACACCGAACAAUCCAUUGUUGGGUUGCUGCCACUAAAUUGGUUGUUUUAAGGAAAUUUUGCAGUUUUUGGUUAUUAUCUUGAAUAUUAUUGAAGAUAAAGAUAAACUGUAAACAGCAAAAAUGUUCAGCAAAGUAAGAUCUACAAAAAAGUUUAUAUGACCAAAAUUGUCAAUUGACCCCUUAUGGAGUUAUUGCCCUUUAAGGAAAAUUUUACACAAGUUGUUUUAUGUUUUUUAACUUUAAAAAUCUUCUCAAAUGAAUCUAGUAUAAAUUUUAUAUUUCAUUUCCUUGUACGUCAAGAAACAUAGA